GGGAACUUGAAGUUCUCUGUGGAUGGUGAUACGCCCGUGAUAGAAAAUAGCAAGGUCGUGUCGAUCAUCGCAGACUUGCUGUCAACGAAAUCUGACAUGGUGGAGAAGGCUCUUUUGUUUCGAACUGUAGCUACAGGUCGGGAUGUCAUCGACAAACAACACACGGAACAAGAGGCCACCUACGGCAGAGAUGCCUUUGCAAAAGCUAUCUACGAGCGCCUCUUCUGCUGGAUCGUGACGCACAUCAACGACGUGAUCGAAGUGAAGAACUAUGACACUACGAUACACGGGAAGAACACGGUCAUCGGCGUCCUGGAUAUCUAUGGCUUCGAAAUAUUCGACAAUAACAGUUUUGAGCAAUUUUGCAUUAAUUACUGCAAUGAGAAGCUGCAGCAGCUCUUUAUUCAGCUGGUUUUAAAGCAGGAGCAGGAAGAGUACCAGCGAGAGGGAAUUCCCUGGAAGCAUAUCGAUUACUUCAACAAUCAGGUCAUCGUCGACCUGGUGGAGCAGCAGCACAAAGGGAUCAUUGCCAUCCUGGACGAUGCCUGCAUGAACGUUGGAAAAGUUACGGAUGAGAUGUUCCUCGAGGCUCUUAACACCAAGCUGGGGAAGCAUGCUCAUUUCUCCAGCAGAAAGCUUUGUGCAACCGACAAAACGCUGGAGUUCGACAGAGACUUUCGAAUCAAGCACUACGCCGGAGAUGUGAUUUACUCAGUCACUGGAUUUAUUGACAAAAACAAGGACACUUUAUUUCAAGACUUCAAGCGCCUCAUGUACAACAGCUCCAACCCUGUGUUGAAGAUGAUGUGGCCUGAAGGUAAACUGAGCAUCACGGAGGUAACCAAGAGACCUGUGACAGCUGCUACUCUUUUUAAGAACUCCAUGAUUGCACUAGUGGACAACCUGGCGUCAAAG